ACUGACGUUAGUAGUCUAGCUCAAAUAACACCUAAAAAUGUGUAUCCGCCACAUAAUUCGCUUAAAAUUCCAAACUUUAUACUUAUUUUCAUCAAUGAAAAGCAUUAAAAAUUAGUGUUACAGAGACAAAAAGUAAAUAAGUACCUGAUUUAUGUGAUUGUGAUAUCAUCUUAAUCCGAGAUGUAUAAAAUCUUGGUAACUUUAGUCUGUUUUAUAUGUUUUGGACGUGCUCAAUGGGAAUGUGCUCUGAUAAUAUUGCUAGCUAUUGCUACACUAUCUAAAGCAGAAUGCCAAACAAGACAAAUUUACUGUUACGAAUGUGAUUCUUGGUCCGAUAUGAGAUGUAAAGAUCCAUUCAACUACACAGCUCUUCCAAAAGAUCAACCCCCUCUUAUGACGUGCAAUGGCUGUUGUGUAAAAAUGGUUAGGAACGCAAAAUCACCUUACGAAGUGGUGCGUCGUACGUGUACCUCCCAGCUUCAGAUCAACCUCUUCAUGGUGGACCAUGUGUGCAUGAUGGAAAGUAGCGGAACAGGUCACAUGUGCUUUUGUGAGGAGGACAUGUGUAAUUCAGCAUUAAAAACUAAUCAUCUUAAGUCAGAUACAGUUGUUUCGCUGCUGCUAGUCCCCUUAGUAUUGUUAUUUUCACGCCUGUGCAUGAGGUAGAGACUUUUCUUAGAUUCACUAGGCUGAUAAUGACUCCUUUGAUCGAUGCAUAGAAUGCCAGAAUGUAUUUCAUAUGAAUUUCUCGGUUUAAGAAUACAUUGCUUCAAAAGUUAUGAAUAACUUCUCUGUAAAGGGUGAUUUAUAUCUCAAAAGACCAGGGCAGAAGCCUUUAAAAGUGAUGAAGGGUGAAAAAAAAUAGGAGCAUGAAACCCAUUGGAAAAGGAGGAGAAUAUGAUGAAAAUGGAAGAAAAAAUAUUUACGGACGAUUUGAGGUCGGGAAGGUGAGGGGGGUGAGUUUUUUAAGGUAAAAAAUUGUUUAUCCAGUUUUCCUGCAAAACUACAAGUUCUAUGGAAAAAGUUGAAUAGAAAAGGUUGUAGGUAAUAACAAGAUAUACAACUUUUGUAUUCACAUUUUUUUCACAUAACCUCAAAAUUUAUGUUAAAAAUUGAAAUAACAAUGUUUUUGGUUUUUUUGAUUUUAUCUUUUACAAAAACAUUUUUUUGUCACGAAAUUUGGUGGAAACUCACUUUUUAAUGUCCCAAACAGGUAUUUAUUUUUUCACCCUAUUUUGACCUAAUAUCGAAAAAUCAACCUAAUUUUAAAUGGAAAAUUCUCUCCUCAAAAUAUCAGAUUUUUUAAAAAAGUCGGUGCGUUGUUCGUGGAAAUUACCACUUUCUGAUAGUGUAAAAAAUAUUACCAUCACCACCAUAAAUUUUCUCAGAAAAAGCAAUAAAAGAAAAAAACUCACCACUGAUAACUUUUUUAUCAUCAUGUACAAUUUCUAGAUAUAUAUUAAAAUUUUACGCAUAAUUACUUACGUUUAUCAAUGUAACAAUGAAUCUCACGUUUUUCGUGUAAUUAUACUAUAAAAUUUUAAUAAAUAACUGAAAAUAGUACAAAUGCUUAAAAAAAAUUUACCAUGGUAACGGUAAUAUUUAUUAGUAUUUUUUGGAAACUGAUAUUUUGACGGGAGAAUUUUCGAUUGCAAAUUAGGGUACUCUUUAGAUAUUAAGUCAAAAUAAGAUUAAAAAAAUUAAUAUUUCAAAUAAAAAAAAAUUACAUUACAUUUGAGACAUAAAAAUGUAAGUUUUCACAAAAAUUAGUGAAAAAAAAUGUUAAAUAAAGAAAUAAAAACAAAAUCAAAAUUAAAAAUCAAAUCUGCGCUAUUUCAAUUUUUCACAUAAUUUUGAGAUUUUUUGAAAGAAAUGUGAAUAAAAAGCUGAAGAUUUUUUUUACCCACAGCUCUGCUAUAUUUGACUUUUUUCCAUAGGACUUUUGUAGUAGUAGUUUUGUCAGAAAUGUAGAUAAACGCUUUUUUCCUUAAAAAAUCUCCCCCUUUCUCUUGUUGAUUUCAGAUCGCCCAUAAAUUAUUUUUCCUUUUAUUAUAGUAGUCUUCUCCUUUUGCAAUGAGUUUCAUCCCAUUGUCACAUUUUUUUGUUUUAAAAAUUAUGGACCCUGGUCUACUGGAAUUGUACGGAAACAUAUAUAUAAAAAACUAGACACAAUAAUUUUUAAAGGGGUAUUGAAAAUCAAAAACGUAUUUUUUAACAGCUUAUACAAAACUCUAGAAAUAUUCUCAUUAGCUCAAAUUUAUAAGAAUGGUUUAACUUGCUCAACUCCCUUUACACUGAAAGUGUGGUUGAAUGUACACCAGCCUCAUUAGCGUAAUUCCUGGAUGGGGCAAUGGGCCAGCUGUCACCCUCCAAUAAGUUUGCAGUCAAUUCUGAUAAUGUCAAAUAUUAAAAUUUCUAAUACACCAAUACAACGAGGUAAACACAAAACUAAAGUAAUUAUGGAACGAACUGCCACUCGCGGUGUGAGAAAGCAGCUGAUAAAUGCAAAGGUUUCAAGAUACAUAUUACAGCAUUGUGCACGCAUCAUUCCUUCAUUCGCCGCGCUAGUGCGCCAUUUCUUUGGAUUGUAGGUAGCAGCCUGUCGCAGACAAAUCCACGUCAAGUGAGCGAAAUAGGUGGCACGUAGCAAUAUAAUAACGUGAUGGUAAGAUACAAACUUUUCAAUUUAUUAUUAAAGAUGUUACCUUUUGUCGUAUGUUACAUUUUGUCGUAUGUUACCUUUUAAGCAUUUUUAUGUUAAAUGGUUAACCAAGGAAUAGAAGAUGACCUUGUGCUUAUUCAUAAAUUCAAACGUUGCUGUUUUCACUUUAGUAGGAAGUUUCAAUUAGUUACAAUUUUCUGUGGGGAGGAGUGGCAGCACCCUUGCCUGUGAACGGAAAUGUCAAUUCUCUUUUGCUUUUAAAAUCACAAGCUAAUUUCAAACACAUUUGUUUUUGGAAGUCAGCAAACAAUUAUGACCUAUUUUUGGUUGAUCUGCUUAAGGAUGUGUUGUUUUCAUUUGAUUUUAACAUAAAACAUUUACGAGGCCAAUAUUACGAUGGUGCCUCAAAUAUGCGAGGACCAUUCAAAAGAGUUGCUGCGAGGAUUUUGCAAGAAAGCCCAACAGCAAUGUACAUUCAUUGUAGCGCCCAUGUGUUAAAUUGAUGCAUUGUUAGCUGUUUCACAAGUGUGGUUUCAAUAAGGAACCCUUUUUUUUGUUUUGCAAAGUAUAUACAACUUUAUUGAGAAGUUAACCAAGCGUCACGCAGUUUUUGAAGUUUUUAAAAGAUUGAAAAAUCUUUCAUGGUAGAGCGGUAACUUUGAAGUCAUUGAGUGACACAAAAUGGGCUUAUCGCAUAGAAGCUGUACAUGGUUUUCUAGAUAAUUUUGAAGUAGCGUUAACAGCUUUAGAGAUUUCAUCAACCGACCAUGACCGAGGUCAAGCGAAUGCUUUAUUGAAAAGCAUAGAGGAUUUCACUUUGUUUUUGAUAUAGUUCUUCUGGGAAGAGCUCUUAUGCAAUGCGACAUUUUAUCAAAGACGCUAUAGUGCAGCAGUGUGACUUAUGAAGUAGUUAUGUCAGUAAAAAAAAGCACGUUUUUUUCUAAACUUUACAAUCACUGCAAGGAGGUAGCUGAGAAAUGUGGUUUGUAAGAAGCUGAACUACCGAGAAGACGAAAACUUCCAGCAAAAUUAGGUGGAAGUAUAGUUCCCUUUGAGACAGUUCGAGAUUAUCAUAAAUGUCCAAUCUUAUUCCCAGUCAUUGAUAUAUCAGUUUCUUGUGAGAGAUCUUUCUCUUGUUUGUGGUGUUUAAAAGCAUAUUGCUGAAACAUCUUAGAGCAAGAAAAAUUGUCCUCUCUUGCUCUUUUAGCCAUAGAAAGAAAGAAUGAUAUUGACAUUCCAAAGGUUAUUAAUGAAUUUAGUUCACGCCGAGAGAGACGACUCCAUUUUAUUCAAGUAGUAUCGUUCUAACUUCUUCAACAUUACUUUAUCUGCUUAGUCAAGAAUAUUUCUUUUUGUAAGUUAUAUUGUCACAAUCAGCGUCCUCAUGUCUUCACAAGUUAGUGUUCAUCUUUUAUUUUUGCUUCCUUUAUGCUACAAUAUUUUCCGAUGCUGCUUACUGAUUUGAAAGUAUGAUUUUUAUAUGUUUUAUUUUAUUAUAACAUAUUAUUGUCCUAUUUCAAAUCUUCCCCCCCCCCCCCAUCAAAAUGCUGAAUUUACGCCCAUGAGAAGCGUUGGCAAAAAGAUAUAACUACUCAUCAAGUUGAAAAGUAUCAUACGAAUUAUCUAAAACUAUGACGAUAUUUUCGUUUCAAUCGGGGCCAUUUUUGUUUGCAGCCAUUGCUAAGAUAACUAUUCAUUUCUUCGUGAUUAUUACUUGUUUGUCACUAAAAAUGUGGCAGAUCAAGUUAACAAUAUAAAUAUGGAGCUUUAUUAGUUAUUAAAAUAAAUUAUCUACAGAGUUUGUAAGUCCCAAGGAUAGUAGUUGGCAUACCACGACGUUAACGAUUUUUUUAUUGGAUAAGGGUGAAUAUAUAAAUCAAUGUUAACCCCGUUUUAUCACGCGAUCACAGUCCUAUUAUAUUUUAUGUAACAUUAGGAAGCCUUCGAAUAGAUCAGUUGGGUGCGCUACAACUCGUGACUAUUUUCAAUCCCCUGAGAUAGACGAGCCAAAACGGGACGGGGAUAUUUCAGGUAAACGCAUGAUAGUCCAAGUACAUAAUACAACUCGUGACGGAUUUAUUGAGAGUUUUACCUGGAAUUUAGUAUCCAAUCCACUUUGUAAAUUCAAAAAUUAAAACCUAGAAUUUCUAAAUUCUAUUUUUGUUUUUCAUUUCAUAAUUAAAAUCCCGAACAUAAUCUUUCCUCACGAGUUGUCUAAUCUUCAUGACAACCACGAUCACGAGUUGGCACAUUGUAACAGGAGUUGAAGUUUUAUCGCGGGUAUUAAAAUCACGAGUUGGCGCUCGCCCAAUCAGUUUAAUAAGUAGAAAAUACAAUUUUCUGAUUGAACAGGUAAGUUUGGUAAGUGAAGAAAUCUUCUUGGUUUUGGUUAAAAAUAUUUUUCGUUCAUUCAUAUCACUUCCUAAAAGAAAUAGGUGAGUGAGUGAGUAAGUAAGUAAGCAAAACAAGAGAACACAAUAAUUCAUUAUUCAUCUUCUUGACUACAUUCUGUGCAAAUGAAAACGGUCUGUUCCUUGCAAAUUGAAAUUAUGCAAGUAUUUCAGCGAUUUUUGUCAGUAAAAACACCUUUGUUUGAUAUCACUUAUUGUUCUCCAUGCACUAAACAUUAUGUGGGUGGCUAUUUAUUUGUGUGAGAUGAGCGGUGUACAGAAAACUGUAAUUGGCCAUAUAUUAUCUACUAAUUACUGAAUAGUCGAAUUUCAAUCUAUAAUCCACAUCAACACCAGUACUAUUGUAAAAAGUUUUGCGUUUUAGAUCGUCCUUCAAUAAAGGCUCUAUAUUGUCAUCGUCGUGUAACGUUAAUAACAUCAGCACGUUUUUGUUCACUGUGUGAUUUUUAUACUGUCUUCUAAUCACUUAAUUUAUUUAAUCACUUAAACUAGACUUAACUAGUAUAAUAAUUAACUUCCACCAAUACUUAACUAACUUAUAUGAUUUAUUCCACCGGUUAAUUUUCUCUUUCGUUCUGUAUCACCUUUUAAUAUAAAUUAACUAGCUAACUCCGCUAAACAAACUCAUUUAUAUAUCAAAAACGAAUUUCUAGAAAAUAAACAAACAAAUAAAUAAGAAGACCUUCCUAGAAAUUAGUUUCUAAAAAAUAACAUAAGCAACUUGCCGCUGCUUAUAAAAAAGGCAUAUCAAAGGCGCCGCGAAUUCGCCAAAUUUUAGAAUUUUAUUAUAACCGGUCAGGACCCGCUUCACAGCCCAUGUCCUGAACGAAUUCGUAACAAUACACUGGUUUCCAUUAUUUUAUUCUUUCUCACAUGAAAAUAUGCAGCUUUCUAUCUGUCGAUUUUUAACAUCCAUCUUAAUGGGGAUUUGGGUCUUAUUUUUCCAUGUUGUAACUACGGUCAAUCCGUUCAAAUUUAAAUAACUAUCCACAGUGAUACUUCUUCCUAAGAUGACUCGAAAAUUAGAUUUACUAUGCUACUUGUCAUUUAUUAAUAUACAUCAUUAGGUUUUUGGAAUAUUUCUUCGAUUUUAUUAUCAUAUUUGACGUACACAAUUCACAUUUCACUUUUACCAUAACAGACCUCUAAUAUUUUAUCGAUUUUCACACACUCAUUAUUUAUAUAAUUAUCUUCGCAUCGUUGGAGAAAAUAAGCGAAUAUUGGUCGAAUAGAAGCCGAUUAUCUAGAUUGCUCUCUCCUUUCUAGUAUUGUAAUCGUCAAAUCUUGUCCCAAAACAAUCUGUUAUGCCGUAAUUGUGACGAAAAUAAGUGUUAUCUUCUAUAGAUACAUUUAAAAAGAAUCAUACGAUGUACAACUCCUUGGACUUUUGUAUAAAGGUUCCAUUUUAUCCCAUUUUUAAUUAGUACAACCAAUAAUAUGAUAAUUCACCUCAUUUCUGAAAAGCAGUUUCUAGUAGUCUUACGAUGUUUUAUAUUGUUUUGUUAUAUUUUUUUCGGGUUUUGGCAUUCUUACGUAUGAUAAAGCCAUACCAUAUUCCACAAUAUUGGUAAAAAAGCUAAGAUACUCAAAUUAUCUUUUAACUUUAACCUAACUUUAAACCUAAUAUGCGCCUCCCAUACUGGUUCGCCUUCACUCUCACUACAGCCCAGUUAUGGUGGCCAUACACGUUACAGUUCACCGAAACAUCUAUGGGAAUAAACCUAGAGUCUUUUGUACCUGGACAGCAAGAUCGAAUAUCAUUUAUUUCGUGUGACACCGUACGGUGUACCUGUACAGAUGUGCGUGUACUCCGGUGGCCUCGUAGAUUGCAUUCGUUGAUGGUCUCGUUGAUCGCAUUGUAUUACCAGGAAUACCAAUGUCACAAUGACAUUCAACAAGAAAAUUACUCGAGGAAUUUACGAAGUCAUCAUGUUCUUGGCAAAUUAUUAACAUGAAAUGAUAGAGUCAAAAAUGAAGCUGCAAAUAACUUGCUCAUAACAAAAUUGAAAUAAAUUAAACCAAACUUAACACCACUUUCUUCCCUUCCCUUUCAUUGCUAUUGUAUUAUUCAUCUUCAAUAUUGUAGCAAGGUCUAAUAAUGUCAUCACACCUUCAUCGUCUAUCAUUGCCAUUACACAAAGAACCUGUACACCGGAACAUCCCCAUAUACGAUAUAUACGUUCGGUUGACCAGCUCAAGCAUACCUGUACAGUACAGGUAACCUCUGUUGUGAACCGUAGCGUGAAUGGUUUACUUUAGGUGUCCUGAACUGUUAUUAUUUAUAUUUAGAUGCCGAAGUUUUAUUUACUGGCGAAUCAAAGAAACCAAAAAGCUGAGAGUUUUUCUAACAUCGCUAGUGAUCAUGAUUAAGGGUGAAAAAAAUCAUAAGUUCUUGAAAUAAUGCAUUUCAAGUCUACUGAUUUCAAGCAAAUAUUCUCAGCGAAUAUUCUUUGACUUAAUCAGGAUUCUGGAAGUUUUCAUAAAAUAUUUUUUUAUAUAAAUCAAAGUUAUAGAGUACACUAACUAUUCGAUUAUUAUUUUUAUCUUUUUUUGUAGCAGAUACAUAUCAGGCAUAUUUAAAUACAUAUCAUUGUUUCAGUCCGCUGAAGCUCAAUGUCUUAAUGCAAUAAUAAUAAACUUGUUGAGUUUUUGGAAGAGCGAUAAGUGAAAGAAAUCAAAUAUAAAAGUAUUUCGAUUUUCAAACCUAAAUCUAAUAAUAAUCUAAUUAGGCUGUGUUGAUUAUUCAAAAAAGCAAUUAUUCCAAACAAUUCUUAGGUAUUCGAAAAUUAUUCUACAAAUUAUGGAAAUACUUAGACAUUUCAUAAUAACAUAAUUCAAUCAGAUCGCCCCAUACCGAGACAGGAUGCUGCAAACAUAAAUAAAUUUUCAAAACAAUUAUUUCAGUAUAUACUUUUUGAAGCAAUGUAUGUCGACUAAAAAUAAGAUAUUGUAUAAAUUAAAACCUUCAGAAUGAAGCUGAUUAUUAAAGGCUGGUUCUCAUUAGCCAAUUUUAUAAAUCAAUAAUUUUGAAUCUAUGCGAUUGAACAAAAUGCAAUCGAAAAAAAAAUUUCACUCUUGAUGAAACGUUGGGACUUAGAACAGUUUUUGUCUGGAGCUUGUUUCAAAUCAACUGUAACAAGAAAAUUUUUUCGGUUUUAUCGCAGUAAAAAAAAUGGACAGAUGAAAAACGAAAAUCCAUAAUCAUUUUUUCCAAGAUCAUACAAACACACACACGUUAUGCAUUGCCUUUAUAAAAAGUUUCCUCGAUAAUACUGUACGACCUGAAUUCUGAAACUCUUUUGUGUCGAUUGGGACAAUGUUUUCUUUUUUGCCAUUUUUUUCAUUUACUCAUUUACUUUGCCCUUAUCUAAUGUGAUAGGAAAAUGAGGAGUACCUCGUUUUGAUUUGUUUGCGUCCAAUGUGACUGUUAGAUGAAUCUGCACCACCCAUAGGUUUGUUGGAGAUUAUAAUCUCUGUUUUCUCUGCAAACAGCUGUUUCCGUUGUCUGUCCAGUAAAAGUAGACAUUUGGGUUCAUUCUAACAUUUCCAUGGACUAUAAAUAUUUUGAUAAUUAUUCUGAAACUAUCUUUAAAUAUAAUGAAAGUGUUUCGAUGCGACUCGACUGUACGCUUGUUCUAGCGUUUUCUCACGAUCAAAAAUUUGUUACGACACGAUUCCAAUUAUCAACCAAAAGUUGAGAUAGAUCCGAAUUACAUAUAAAUGUAAUAUUUUAUUUCAAUUGCAUAAAUUCAUCAAUAAAACUGACAAAUGAGAAUUCGUGUUAGUAUUAUUAUAACGUUAUAGCAGAAAUAAAAAAUAAUCACGAAGAAAUCUUAUGUUCAAAUUACGUAUUUAUGAUCUUAGACUACUGAAUGAAAUAAUAAUUUAAUAAGAUACUUUCACUUUCAAGAUUUUAACUUAUAUGAAACUCAAAAGUGAAUCCCAUCACAGUCGAUAGAAAAAAAGUGGGUACCAGAUUAACUUUAUUUAAUGAGAGCACAAAUCAAGAAUGUAAUCGGUAUCUAAAAGAACAUACAUCCUCACAUCCAUUGUUCAUCGUCAAAUGUCAAAGGUUUAUAUGUUAAAAAAACAAAUUAUAAUCAAUGUUGAAUUAUAUGAAAAUAUUUUAACUUUAUGGAUUGAACCCUUCUGACCUUUAGACAAUAAACUAAUAGUUGAACUAGAACAGUAGAUUUCCUUAAACUGCUUUCCCGAUAUCGUAUAGUUGUUAUCUCCUGUCAAAAUACUAGACGAUUACCAAAUGAGAGAAUCGAUGAUUUUUCAAAGAUACAUUCAUUACAUAUCGCAGUUACAAUAGUAAAAAUACAAUAAUAAUUCAGUAAAGUAAAUUCUUAAAAUAAAUUUUUUAGAAUCUAGUAUAUAUAUGUUACAAAAAAUUAUCUGGAGAAACAACUUUUCGUUCUUUGUGAUAGUUCUGAUUCACAGUAUUUGAUUUGAUUAUUAGACAUAGUUAUAUUGAGUUAAUACAAACAUCAAAAACUAAGAAAAAUUUUGUGCGAUUCAAUUAUUUUAAAAAAACCUCGACAUUUGCAUGGCCACCGCGUUCCCCUGAAUCAAAUACAAUGAAUUCAUUUUUAUAGUAUAUGCAACACCGAGUACAAUAAACACUUUUUACACGAGUUAAACACAAUAUUUUUUCUACGCCCAUGAAAAGAAAUUAAUUUUUGUCUGACAUCUCUAGAACAGCAGAGUUGCAUAAUCCCAAUCAUACUAGUCGUGAUCGUCUAUGUUUGAGGCAUUUACGUUUGUGUUUAUAAAUUGGAAUCAUAUGGCAUUUUAAAAAAAAUGCAUUUUCCAGUAAUUUCGUAAUCCAGUAUAUAAUGAAAUAUGAUUGAUAAUAAAAUAAAAUCCGCAAUUCUUUGAAACAUAUCACAAUCUCACAAAAAAGGACUCAUUUGAAUGUUUAUGUUUGUCUUGAUAACAAACCUCUGUACUUUAAUGAGAGAUAAGUGCAAUAAGCAUUUAUUGCACUAGUGCAACUCCUUAUUCUUCCACUAUUCCAUUCACACUAUAAUCUCUUAAUUUAGCGUCAAUAUUGUUUACAUAUGAAGCUACCUAUUUUUUGAGUAAUCACUCUUCUACCACUAUUUCUAUGGUUACUUGCUAAUCAAAGAGCUAUAGCUUUUAUAAGCACUUUUAUUUCACAGGAUUAUAAUUAGAAUAUUUCAGAUCUAACAAUUCUACGUAUUGCAAUUACAAGAAUUUACAUACAGAAAGUUAAACAGCUACCUUUCUACUUGUAGCUAUUACCUUACAUUUGUUAACUUAUAUGUCUACAAAAUUCAAGACAAAAAUUGGUAUUUUUAUUAAUUUUGUGGAAAGAACAGAAUAUUUUAUGUCGGAACAAAUAUUGCUGCAAUUUCAAGUAAACUAUACAAACAGUUACACAUUUGCAAUUCUACGUUAAAUUUUUAUUGAAUUUAAAGUAGAAUAAAAUUAAGACUAGACAAUUUUCCAACUGUAUUUCAUCACAUUCAAUAGUUUUCACGUAUUUUUACAACGAGAAAAAUAUUGAUUCAUAUCUAAUGUACAAUGUAAUCACCAGCUGGAUCGUCUAGUAUUCUUGACAGUUAUAGAAUAAAAUAAGCACUGUCCAUUCCUCCAACACUUUAACUAUGUAGCAUAUCAAAAAACUGUCAUACCUACUCAAAUAUUUUUCAUAUCAUUGUAGUGUUCAUCAUUUGGCAAGUCUUCAAUCACUCAUGUAGAAUUGAUUGAUGCAUUUUAAAAUGAAUUUGUAGUGUACCUUAUCACUCAAAAGCUAAUGUUCACUCAUUUUUAUGUGAAAUAAUAUAAAUGUAUUGUUUCUAGAUGAGUCAACAUACAUCAAUUUGAGCAUUUAUUUCUAGUAUAUACAUUGAUGUUAAUCCAAUUAUGCGGAACAAGUUAAAUAGCUUUUAAAUUAUUAGAAUUCAUUUAAACCAAAAUACCAUUAAAAAAUGAGUAAAACUUAAUUAAUACUGUAAUUUAUUACCAAUACUAAGAAUUACAAUUAUAAAAAUUUCUAUUUCUAAAUCAUAUUGUCAACUGUAUGAUGUAUCCUGGCAAUGGGACGUAACGAAGCAAAAAUAAUGGUCACCCGCAUACCUUAUGCUAUUAAAUUGUUCAUCAUUAGAAAUUAAUAUAGAUUGAAAAUUUGCAUCCUUGCCUACUUCUCGAAAUUUUUCUUUCUCGCACAAAAUGUCUGAUUUAAUUAAAAAUUUCUAUGAAAUAUACUUGUACUUCGUAGUUGUGAUCCCUGAAACAACACCUGGAUCCAAUUUACAGAAAAUAAUGAUUGAAAAAUAAUGUAAUUUCUGCAAAUAUCCAUCUAAUAGAAUACAAUUUUGGAUGUGUAGAGUUUCGAGGCAAAUAGUUUAUUGAUCCUUCAUGACCGUAUAUCGUUUUUAUUUGACUCCAUUCUUUUAUAAAUAAUUGUCAAUGUAGAUCUUACUAAUUAACUUAACCUAUGUUGUGAAGUAAUGUAUCAUUUACUAAAAGCAAGGCUAUCUGAAUAUCGAUGAGCCCUAUUUUUUUUAUAAUCUUCCAUAUGAACUUUAAAUAUCUAACACGCUCUAAUAUUUUAAAGUGAUUAUUUUUUUUACAUUUUUGAGAAUUUGGGAACGUUUUCUUCACCACUGAAAGGGAAACGUUAUAGAACCUUUAAUCAUCUAAAGUUCAAAGUCCAAAAGGUUCCCAUGACGCCUGAGUAAAUCCCAAUAUACCCUCAGCAGUCUUCUACUAUCAUAAUUUACGUGAUAGCAGUCUCUAUAAAAUUGUGAGUCAAGUAAGUAAAUAUUGAUAACUCUUAUAAUUUAAAUUUUUAAUAGGUUUUAGUAUCUCAAAUAUCUCAUAAAAUGUAAAUUAGCAAAUACUAACAAUUAUUAACUAAUACUAUAACCCAAUAACGAAAAAACGAAAUUACUUCAAUAUAAAAAAGAGUAAUACUACCAAUAAUAAGUACCCAAACUUAUUUUUAUAAAAUUAGUAUAAGCUAAGACAUUUCCAUAAAAAAAUUUAUCAUUCACAAUACUUCUUACAUUUUAGUACAUGCUGUUUACAUGACUCAUUUUUGAGUAAUCCCUCUCCUGUCACUAUAUUUUGGGUUAGUAGCUAAUCGAAAAGUUUUGGCUUUUUCCAUUCAGCGUAACGGUUGCUGAUCGGUAAUAAAGAUUUUGUUCGACUGGAAUAUUUUCCGCUUUUGGAUGUUUGAAAAAGUUUCAUAGAAUAGCCAGAAAAUUCAAAACAAGAAUUGAAAUACAUUGGUAUUUUCAUUAAUUUUGUCCAUCACUGAUAUUACCAGUAUAUUUACCACCUGCUCAUAAAAACUGUGCCACCAUCCAUUUUCAAAUAACCUGUUAACAAAAAGUAUAAUGCAGGCUACAAAUUUUGUUCGUUUUUUAUUGCCAGAUUAGAAUCGGGAAAAUGGGAUUAGUUUUGAAAUUCCUAUUGUCUCACCUUCUGUACACAUACUUUUAAUUUCUUAUGUAGUGGUAAAAUGGGAACCCUAACUUUAAGCAAGUCAUCUAAGUAAAUUUCUCUCUUUAUUCUAUAGAAGAAAAAAAUCAACUCCUACGAUAGGGCUCCAUAAAUCUAAAAUAGAAUCAUGCAGAAAAAUUAUACUGUAAGAUACGACAAAUCAAAACAAUCAAUACCCUUCAAAAGCUUAUACAGAAAGAACUUGGUAUAUUAUGAUAAAUUCUAUUUGAAAUAAGUUAUUUAUACAGGAUCCAAGGAAAGUGUGAGAAUAAAAAUGAGCUAGUAAUUUGUUAACAAAAAGAUUAAUAUUAUUGACCAGAUUUAACAUUUACAAUCUAAUUGCAAUAAUGAUAAAAUAUUGAUAUUAGUGUUUCAUUCUAAUUUCGCAGCAGAAAGUGAAAUUCUAUUUAAAAUUUUUGCAUCGCCUUAAAAUUUGUGCUUGAACUCUUUAUUUAGAUUAGAAUUAGUAUAAUAUAACGAUUAUUAAACAAUAUUGUACUAAAAACAUUUAUUUUAAAUGAAAGUUCGAGUACUCUUAAAGAACCAGUUAGAUUUUUUUAUAUAAAUUUACGAAACUUUUUAUAGAUUUUGGAAUUUUGAAUUUACGUGACUUUUGAUUACAAAAGAACACUCUUUCUAGAACAUCUUAAAGGGGCUCUGUUGGAUUCAAAUUAAGGAUACGGGGUAGAAUUUUGAUUCGAUUUAAGUAAUCCAUAACAAUUAUUGCAAUGUAAGUCCUUAGAUUAUCUUGGUGGAAAGUUAUCUCUUCUAAAUGGAGUAUAAGGUAUUACGUGAAUUUGAAAAAUGUUCACUAGCUUAAAUAUUGCACUUAUAUACUUUUGAACUGACCCCAAAUGGCUCCUCAUGAGAAAUAGUACAAUGAUUAAAUUUUGCUCCAGAUCUGUGCAAUACUUUAUCACAACCAUAGGGAGAUUUGAGUCGCCCGAUUUUCAUAUGUGCACAACAUUCUCGUGUACUAUUUCACAUCUAAUGUACUAAUACUCACUCUUGUUUUCACUGGCCAUUCUAUGUAUUUUCCAGAGCUUCACAACAACGAAACAAAUUAUUUUCUUCUCAAUGUAAUCCGAUCUUUGCUAUACCAUUGCCAUGCAAAUCAACCCCUUCUAUUUGCUUAUAAUGACUAAUGGGCUGCGAUAUUAUUUUUUUCUGUUAUAUUUUUCCGCAUUUUCUAGAGGUUCCACAUUACUAUUGAGUGACUAACUUGAGAUAUAAAAUAUACCCCAAAUUUUUGACAAAUGCGAUAAUUUUUUCUGUUAUGCUCCUCAAUCGGAUUGUUGAUGUAAAACUUUGUUUUUCAUUUCUUUUUAUACAAUUACAACUAAAAUAAUUUUUAGCUUUUCAUGGAAGCUACUUUUAAUACACAAUACAUGUACAAGUACUGAUUUGCACUGCACAAACACUAUAAAAAUUUUGCAUAAAUAUAUUCCUCUGAGAAGUAGAGAAAAACAAUUUAAACUGAAUAUUCUUGUUAUCGAAAAUACGCCUUAACUUUGCAAAUUCAUCCUUUCCAUUCAGUUGACUGUUAUCAGGCAAAGGCAAUUUUUUUUUAUUACCAUGAAGUUGCUUCUGCUCAUAAUAGUGUUUUUCACUAAUAUUAUGAGCAAUAAAAUACCGAAAUGAUCAUUUGGACCUUAAUGGGUUAACAGUUGCUUUCAACUAGAUUUUAGUCGUCUUUUUAGUUAAUAAUACAGCAAGGUAGCUAUUAAUGUGACUUGUUAAUAAAGUAGUAAAGAUUUUCAAGUGCUUGUUAAUUAAUAUAACUUGCAUGGUAUUAUAUAUAGUUAACUUAGUUACUACAUUUUAAUUAUUGCAAUACUUUCGACCCAGAUUCAUUGAUAUUGUUUAUACGAUUUUUAACGAGCUGUAUAUAACUGUAUUUUUUGAACAAAUUCACUCUAAUAUGCAUGUAUGUUGUAUUUUGUUCAAAAAACAAUACAAAAAUUAGUUGUUUCGUUUUCAACGUGAUAAUAAAUAAAAAUAUAACAAUCAAUUACAGCCAAAGCGCUUUCUUUUAUAAAUUAAUCAAGAAAAUUGAUCUAAGACCUGAAAUAUACAACUUGUUGUUCUAAAUAACCUCAGUUUAAGAAGUUGAUAGGAUACUUGAAAUCUCCAUCAUAUUCAAGAGUGUAACAAAAUUAUUCAUAUUGAACGAUAAAUAAAGUUUAUAUUCAAAUGGUAACUGUUGUUUGAUGCUCAAUAUCUGGAGGUAUUGUUUAGAGUGCAGAAGAACUAUUUCUGAACUUAAUACUAGGUUUUCAUAGAAACUUAAUAGGAACUGUAUUAACAAAUAAAUGAAGAUAUAAAAUGCGCAAUAAAUAGAUAUCAGAAACCCAUGAUUGUGCAUAUAAAUAUUCACAUUCUUUGCUUAAAACCUUAGAGAUUGAUUCAAAAACUAGCGGUUCUGCUCGCUGUCUACAGUCAGGCUUGCCCACCACCUUAGACCGAUCGUGGAUAGGAAAAAAUAUAUAAUUUCAUAGAUAUAAAAAAACAAUCAACUUAUGAUCAUCAUCAUGUGAAAACAAAUUCGAUUGACUGUUCCCAUUUACCACAGAGAUUGUACAAACAGCUAUCGCCGAAAUAUAAAAUGUAGAACAUAAGCUUCGAGAGAAAACGCUGUGGCAACGGUAUUUCGAAAAACUUACCGCAUUUCAAUGAUUCACAGCAAAGGAAACGUCAAGUUUAUAAAUCGCCCAAAUUCUAUAUAGCGGCUUGUUUUCCUUGUUGUCGACGUACUUUGCUAUAUCAAAUUUCUUCCAACAUCGCAUUAUAUCCAUUUCGGGAUUACAUUCCAUAUUAUCAAGUAUGCAUUGGAAAAUUCAUCUAAUGUAAUAAAGAUUUGAGGUUGUUGUGGUAGUAGUUAAAAAUGUCACUUUUAUAUUUGAAUACAUAAUUUGAAGUUAGCAAAGAUGCUUUGUUGCAUUACCACACAAUCUCCAGAUGCAUAGCAGCACUGUAAUACAAGCCUUUGCUGCGUUAAAUACUGUGAUGGACUUUUCCUUUUUAGGAAUGAAUGAAUGACUUGUUUUGCAGUAUCUUCAAAAUCAGUGAAAUUUCCUCUGAAUCAGGUUUAUUAUGCAAUAUUAUGUAAUAAUAAUAAUAUAAAAAGGGUAUAUCAAAGGAAUUUGAUAACAUUCAACUGACGUUCAAGUUUUUGAAGAAAUUAAUUUGUAGCUUUCACUUCCUCGGCUGGAGACUCUCCUUAGGAAAUGGUAUUCGGCGUCAGUUAAGUAUAUAAAUAACUGGUACUUAGAUGGGGUGAACAAUACAAAAUUAAAUAGUUCCAGCUUUUUAGCAAACGAAGUUAAAAGUGAAUAAGAAAAGGUAGAAAAGGUUGAAUUUAAAAACUGGGACUUAUCUAUAAGAGGCCAGGAUGGUUGCAGCCCUCAAAUGAGUUCCAAUUUUUUGAAAUUGAAUUGUGUGUGUUGAUGGUGGUAGUUAAACUCCUGUAGAACAGCGAAUAUAAUGAAUAGUAUUUUAAAAAUAAAAAAAAUGUAUUUACUACAUUUACUUUGGUUUGAAACUGAAUAAUAUAGAUAAAGAGUGUUUUAGAAAUGACACUGAGGUUUUAUUGAAUUCUUCGAGUUACCUAACGUACCUUACAGGCUUUAGGGAAGAGAAGUAUGAAUUAUGAGCUUUCUUGUACUUAAAAUUUCAGGAGUUAUACUUAUAUACAUUAUUUUCCAUAAAAUUUGUUAAUUAUAAUUUAAAUGCGGAAAUCAUGAAACUAUUAUUAAAAUAUCAAGCAAACUUUUAAUAAUGAAAAUUUAAAUAUUUAAAUUUAUAUUGUGCUACAAACUUUAACGCGCUGAAGUUGGAAUGGAAUGAUAAAAUACGCGAAAACAGUAAAGCGUAUUAAAAUCGUCAUUGAAAUUUUAAAAAAAUAACAAAAAUAUUGCUUUCCCACACAUAUAUUAAUAAUAUACAAAGCAUAUAAUUUUUUGUUUUCAGUUUUAUUUUCCAUUUGUAUAUAGCUUUUUAGGACAUUGAAUAUUAUUAUUCUUCUAAUUUAAUAACCUCGAAUAUUCCAAAUUUUUUAUAUAUAUACUUACUAAUAGGUAUGCGAAAAAUAGAAGAGAGGAUUCGUCCGAUGCACUAUCACUAACACUUCCAUGAUCAACUUAGAUCAUAUUCUUUAAGAACAUACUCGACACGAGUGUUCAGUCUUUAGUGAAAGAUUUUUGCAGGUAAUGCUGUAAAUUCCCCAUUUUAAUUGUUCUAUUCUCGCGUGUUAGAAGGACUUAUACUGACCACGGUUUCCGUGUUUUUCUUUGCGAACAAAUAGAAAUUUGUUUUUCCAUUAUUGUUGUGAUACAAGCACUCGUUAGUACGUCCACGCACUUCGUACACGCACUAUUUGUCGCUUCGUUAGCUACCAAGUCUGCCUCUUUGUAUCCUUUGUUUUAUGUUAUUGGCUUGUGGAAGUUGUAAUCUCUUUGAGAUUACUCAAAUAUGCGUAAUACCAUUUUGGGUAAGACCAUGUCCAACUAAAUAUCUUAGCUUGAUUCAGUUGAAAUCCAGCUCCAAAGGCAUUGUCAUAUUUUUAAAGUCGUCUUUGAAUUUGUAAACGCCAACCGUCAUUGAAGAUUUAUGGUUAAUUAUCACGUCGAAAUAACUGAAGCCGAUUCAAUCUAAGUUAUACAUUUGGUCAUGAUCCCAUUCAAGAUAAUUAGGCAAUCUACGAAAACAGCUGAUCUACGUCAAACAAGCAGCCGUGAAGUGAAUAAUUGAUUUUCUCAUACCUAUGUACCCGUGUUAGUUUAACUUGGUGUUUCCAGCAUUGACAGUUAUUUUGUAAUGUUUUAUUAUUUCAUGAUGUUAAGAGGACAGAUACAUUUUACAUAUAUUUCAGUGAAAAUAAUACUGCUAAAAUCGAGUAUUAUGGCAGUUUUUUUUAAAUUAGUCUGCAAGAUUUCAAGCAAUUUACAAAAUUUUGUACACUUAUUCUAAUUUUGGGCUUAAAACAAGAGAGUUUUGUUAAAGAAAAUUUCCAUUGUUGCGUUCUCAAGUUUAUCAAACAUGGAUAAACUUAAGCUUUAGGUGGAGUUAACCUUUUUUCAUUAGAUGCAAAGAGCUUUAAUUAGAAUCCUACUUAUUUUCCACGAGUUUCCAAUAUACUUGCGUUUCAGAUUGUAUUUACCGCUUGUCUAUAUCGAGCAUAAAAUUACAUAAUGGAAAAACCGACAAAGUCACGUUUCAGGGAGGAAAUUUCGCACUUUUCAUAGUAACUCUUCGUGAAGCAAUUUCGCAAUAAAACUGGAAAUAAUAAAGUCUAAAAUUGAUCAAAUAAAUUCAAAAGCUUUGGCGGCGGCAUUGGCAUCAGCUUAUUUUGACAAUUCGUUAGAUUGCGCAAUAGUUACUUCUAAGCGAGAUAUAUAGAAACACCCUUUCCUUGGUAUUAAUGCGAGCUGCGAAAUAGAUACAUAAUAUAAUUUGAAAUGAACAGAUGUCGACAAUUUAUGGUUACAGUUAGAUGAAUUUAUAAUACGAGAUUGAGUCACACACUACAAUCACAAUUUGAUCCAAUUCAUACACAAACCAUUUUCAAAUGAUAGUAUCAUUUGGUGAUAAAUCCUGUAACGUAAGCUUAUGUUUUAUGACUAAAGAUGCACUUUAAUAUGUAAAUAUUGCACAAUAUGAACUAGCAUGUUAAAACAAAAGAGCUUUUAUACCAAUUUGAAUUUAUCCAAAUCUUAUACACACACUCUCCACCUCACAAAAGUAAUUUAAGGCCUAUUCUCGUUAUUUACUUUAUGUACGCCACUGGGGUCUCCCAAAUAUGACGACCCUUUACAAGAUUAUAUCAAUGAUCUUGCACUGUGCCGUCUUUGUGAUACCUCAGAUUUCUUAUUUGUAGAAUUAAAUGUAAAUACAUAUAUGUAUAGCAUUCCAUGUUAUUAUUGUUAAAGUAGUAUAUAAUAUAAUGUACAGAUAAAUAAAAAAUUAUAAAUCUUUACCAAAUAA